AUGACACUCAAGGAGGAGUUCGCGACGCGCAACUUCAGUAUCUACGGACAAUGGCUGGGCAUCUUAACCAUGAUUCUGUGUUUUGCUCUCGGGCUCGCAAACCUGAUUACUGGCCUCAUUCCGUUUUCGAUCGUCAUUCUGGUUCUCAGCAUCGUGUGCUUAGCAUCCUCCUUCGUGAUCCUCUUCAUCGAAGUGCCCCUCCUCCUACGCAUCUGCCCGACCUCGUCGACCUUCGACAACUUCAUCCGCAAGAUCGCGACCAACUACAUGCGCGCGGCGGCCUACGGCGUGAUGGCGGUCGCCCAGUGGCUGACGCUGCUCGGCCGCGCCACCUCGCUGAUUGCCGCCGCUGUGUUCCUGACUCUUACGGGCUUUUGCUACCUCCUUGCGGGUAUCAAGGGCCAGGCGUUUGUGGGGAGCAAGACCCUGGGCGGUGCGGGAGUCGCGCAGAUGAUAGUGUAA